CAGAAAUUUCCUCAUACGUAAUGUGAAAUUAGGCUCUAAAUCCAGAUUCAGAGAUUAUAUUUGGUCAUAUAAUGGCUCAAGUCCAUUGAUAAAUUAGCGUUAUUUUGCUGUUUAAGCGCGGGAGGAAUGGAUGGACGAAAAGCAGCUGGUUCUGUGUUCAUGUGCCGGCUGUGCAACCUCUUCUCUCCCAGUCGCUCUCAGCUGCUGGCCCAUUGUUCCCAGCAGCACCCCCAGCAGGAACCUCCUGAUGACAUCAUCAUUGCGCUGCAGCCCCUGGUAGCAGAGCCUGUGGAGACGCUGGCAGAGAACCCAGUGAAGCGAAAGCGAGGACGACCAAAAGGCUCUACGAAGAAAACACGCACUGAUUUGACAGAGUGCAAGGCUGACUCCACCCAUUCUCCAGAUGAUAAUUUUCAAAGACAUGAAGAAGGGAAUAAGAAGGAAGGAGACAAACAAUGUAGCUCAACAGAAGGCGAAAGGCACGAUGGGAUUUCGGGACUUGACUGUAGAAACUGCCAUCGCUCGUUCAGAAACAGACGACAGAUCCUCAAACACAUCUGUUUGAGAGAGGAGGAAGAGGAGGAGGACGAAGAGGAGAAUGGGAGCAUCCAUGUUGGAGCAGGAGUUGAGGGCUCUGGGAGUUUGGACCCCGCGAAAGCUGAUCCAAAACAGAUGCACCAAAACCAAGUGAGGUCAGGACUUCUGAGAGAAAAAGAUGUGAGCAGCUUUAGACCCCUAAGAAGCAACCGAAGCCGCAUCUCCAAAGAGGGAGGCCCAGCAACAGGAAGCAAAAAAUCAGUCAUCAGUGUUGUUCUGAAGGAAGAUGAAACACUUCCAGGUGUUUCUAAAAUGGUUCCAGUUGAGGAUGGUUUAGCAGAACCAGAGUCUAAAGCCAUCAAAACUCAACCUCAGUCUGCAGUCUUUCGCAGUCAGUCACAAGACCUUGCAAAUGAAGCCACCAUCUGUGAAGAUAACCCUAAAACUGACCAGGAGCUGAGUUCUAAUCCAGCCUCCACAACAGCAGCAGCAGCAGCAGCCACCAGCAGAGGCUUCCAGGAAUAUUCUAUCAAGCAAGAUGCUACCAAUUUACCUCAGAGCCAGCUGAAGAUCUUCGCCUGCGAGUUCUGUAAUAAGAUCUUUAAGUUCAGACACUCACUGAUCGCCCACCUCAGGACACACACCCAGGAGAAACCGUUCCAGUGCCCACACUGUGACUACGCAUCAGCCAUCAAAGCCAACCUGAAUGUUCACCUGAGGAAACACACGGGAGAGAAGUUCAGCUGUCAGCACUGUCCUUUCAACUGCCUCAGCCCCGGACACCUGAAGGUCCACAUAGAGCGGGUCCAUUUGAAGGUGAAGCAGCACUGCAGCUUCUGUGACAAGAAGUACUCAGAUGUGAAGAACUUACUGAAACACAUAGAGAAACGGCAUAACCUGAAAGACCCUGCUGUCUACCAGAGCUACCAGCAACUGAGGUUAAAGACUCGUCAGGGCCUCAGACAGCUCCUGUACCACUGUCCCACCUGCAACCGACGCUUCAAGAAUCAGCUCGAACGGGAGCGCCACCUGUUGGUCCACGGGCCUCAGCGUCCCUUUGCCUGCCUGCUCUGUGACCAUGCCGCAACCAAGAUGGACGCCCUCACCGCUCAUGUCAGGAAACACCUCUUCCUGUACAUGUGCUGUGUGUGUGACGGGAAGUUCGUCAGCUCUCAGAGACUGAAGAGUCAUUUGAAAGAGUCUCACCCUGAGCUGGACCAGGAGCAGGCCUUCACCGACUGUAUCAAUAACAGCUACUAUCUGAUACAGCCUGGAGGAGGCGUGUGGGGGGAUGAUGAGAGGGACACAGAGAGAGGGAAGAAGGAAGAGCACAGGAUAGAGCAGGAGGGUGAAGAUGACAGGAUGACAGAGGAGGGUGGAAGAAAUGGUGUCGGAAGGGAGGAGUGGCAAGAUGGGGAAGUGGAACAGCUGGAAGUACCAGUGAGGGAAGAGAGGGAGCAAGAGAGGGAAGAAGCUCAAGCUCAGGGUGAAAAUGCGGAAGAAGUACAGGUGACAGACAGAGAGACAGGAAAAGAGGAAGAAGUCAAAAAUGGAGGCGCAGAGCAAGGUUCCCAAGAAGUGAUUUCCAUAGAAACCACAACUCCCACUGACACACAGGACGAAUCAACAGCUGGGGAGCAGUCACAGGCCAGCACAGUGGACUCAUGCAACCCUGCAGCUGAACAUAUAGUCAGACACGAACACAACACACAGACUUUUCUAUCACCGGAGAGCAUUCACAGCCCUUUCCCUGAGAACAGGUCCCAAGAAAACACACCUUCAGCCAAAAACACUCAUACAACUUCAUCAUCAGGAAAUGCAAAUUUACCUGAUCCGGGCGUAAACAUACCUUCAUCAUCAGCACCUUCAGGGGAAGAGGGCCAAACUCCACAUUCAGAGAAGGAGUCGGAGGUUUUCCAUCAGAGCGCGUUUCAGCAGGUGUUUUCAUCUCUUCAGAAGACUCAGCUUAAUAUAGAGACUUACCAACGGCUCAGGAAAAUUUACGGAGACCUUGAAUGCCAAUACUGUGGUAAACUGUUCUGGUACAAAGUCCACUAUAACGUCCAUGUACGCACACACACCAAGGAGCACUCACAUUACUGUACAAAGUGUAGCUACUCGUCCAUCACCAAAAGCUCUUUAAAGCGGCACCAGAUCCAGAAGCACAGUGGCUUGCUGCUGCCUUGUUCUAAUCCCGAUUGUAAAUACACCACACCUGACAAAUACAAACUACAAGCCCAUCUGAGGACGCACCAAGAACAGGGGAAGAGUGUGGCCUGUCCAGUCUGCCAGCACAGCUAUCCAGAGCACAGACUAAAACACCACAUCAAAACAUCCCACCCAGAUACAUUGCCUGUGCAGGGAAAAGGACUGAUGGUGCAGCGUGCAGAGAAGUGCCCUUACUGUGACUCCUACUUCCUAAAGAACAGCAGUGACUUUCAGCAGCACAUCUGGGCCCACCAAGGUCUGAAGCCAUACCUCUGUAGUGUGUGUGACUACGCGGGCCGCAGUAGGAGUAACCUGAAGACUCAUAUGAACCGACACAACACAGAGAAACGUCAUCUCUGUGAUCUGUGUGGUAAAAAGUUCAAAUCUAAAGUGACACUGAAAAGCCACAGACUGAGCCACACCGAUGAAGGGAAGCGGUUUCAAUGUUCGGAGUGCGACUUUACCUCGGUCUCUAAACCUUCCCUGCUCAGACACAUGGAGCAACAUGCUGAAUUUAAGCCAUUUCGUUGUGCCUACUGCCACUACUCCUGUAACAUCGCUGGUCCCCUGAAGCGUCACUACAACUUGAAACACCCAAAUCAGAAAUAUGAGAAUGCCGGACCUGGGCAACCUAACCCUGAUGCUCUGAAACAGCAAGGUGGAAUGAAGUGUCCUGAAUGUGAAUUUGUUUAUGGCACCAAGUGGGAGCUGAACCGCCACCUGAAGAGCAAACACAGCCUGAAAGUGGUGGAAGGCACCUGGGAGGCAGGUGAGACAGUAGAGGCCCAGUAUGUUUCUGUGGAGGAUGAAGAGCAGCUGACAGAAGCACCUGUAGCAGCCCUGCACGACAACGUUAAUAUCCAGCAGAUCACUGAGUUCAGUUCAGAGACUCACGACGCUGUCACCUCCAUGGUCGCCAUGGCUCCAGGCACUGUUACUGUGGUACAACAGGUGGCCGACGAGCAGGAGAUCGGUAACUGCAGCAACCAGCUGAUGGUGGUGAAUGCAGAGGGGAGUCUAACUGGUGACCAGGUCAUGGUGGUGGAGGAUGCACACGGCCUGGAGGCUCUGACAGUCCUUACUCAGGGAGAGAACACUCACCACUAUAUUGUCUACGUUCAGGAACACACUGUAGAAAUCAACUAAUGAUGCUUGUAUUUUAACAUAUGAUUAUUGAUCCAUCAGUGCUGAGUAUAUCAAUGAUUAUUAGAUCAGUUUACAACAUAAAAUGUACCAAUAAGCAAUAAAAUCAGGAUUUACUGAAUGUUUCUUAGUCAUCAUUAGAAUUUUCUUCAUCAGUUUUAUUUUUCAGUCACUUGGUAAUUAUGAAAACAAAAAGUGCAAUACUUUGUUUUGUGAUUAUGUGACAUAUUUUGUACUUACAAUACAGUACAGUAUAUUUAAAUAAAAUCCGUGUG